AGCCAUUUUGGCUCAAGCCGUUCUCAGUCCUGCCUCGGCCGCGUCCGCCACGCGCUCUGCCCCUGAGACCAGCUUGGGAGACGGCUGCGGUCAGCUGCCUGGCCGCCCCCGAGGCGGCGGAGCAGCCCAGCGACGGCGGCGGGUCGCUUUGAUCUGCGCGGCGCGCCAGGCAGGCGGCCGCGCGCCGGGCGGCUGCUUGCUGCCAAUCGGCCGCCCUCGAGCGCGUGAAGGCGCUCGAGCGCAGAGUCGCGCAGCUCGAGGCGGAACUCAGGGAGACCCUGGAGGUGCACGAGGCGGCGGCCCAGCAGGCCGUGGCCCUGGCGGGCGCGGGCGCGACGGGGGAGGCAGACGACAAGCUGAGGAGCGAGCUGGUCGGGCGGCUGGCCCUCGAUGCGCCGAUCGUCGCCUGUUGCUUUGCCGCGGAGCAGCGGGGGCGUGCUCUCUCCCUGCGUGCUGACGCUGGGCAAGCAACGGCGCAACACGGCGGCACACGUCUUCAGCACCGCCGUCGCGGUGAUCCGGGAGGCUGGCAAGGCGGAGCUCAACAGCAUCCAGCGGGGUGCCAGGCAUCGCCUGCUGAGGUCUGCACGGUUGGGCCGACGCGGAGGUCAGCCUCGGCACGCUCGAGGAUCUGAGGUACGCAACGGCGCCCGCCUCCCUCUUCGCCGCCCUGCUGGAGCCGGUCUUCAUCCUGGUGAGCAGCGGUACAGCGCAAGGAGGCCGCCGACGGCAACGGCGGCGCCCGUCCGCCGCGUGCCGUCCGCGCGCGCGGCUUCCGAUGCGGUGCCGCUCCACUGGACCCUGGCGCGCCGCCGCGGGCGCGGCGUGCCGCCAGGCACCGUCUUCGCGCUGGCCGGGCGCAUGGGGCGUGCUGCCGAGCCGAGGCCUCUGCCGUUGGCGUCGGGAGCACGCUGGGGCGAGGACGGCGGUGCUGGUGCUAGCGCUGUUCCCCGCGCUCAACCCGCUGCCGCCGAGCCACUCCUGUCCUCCUUCGACGGCGCGUGCGACGCGGGCCACUCCGUCCAGGAGGGCGUCUCGUUCAACGCCGCCGACUCCGCAACGCUCGACGCGCAGGAGGUGGUGGACGGGACCUUCGUUCUCGAGGAUGGCGUCGGCUCUGUGCCCAGCGUCCGCCGCGCGCUGUCCCACGGCGGGUCUGUCGGCGAGCUGGCGCCCGAGCCAGGCGCGGCCUUCGGCGGCCCUGGCACGGCGUGCAGCACGACUUCCGCGGCAUCCUCUUCCCGUCGUGCCGCUGCGGACCUCGGAGUCGUCGGGCGCUACCUGAUGGCAGACGAGGCUGCCAUCCUUCGUGGGCGCAGCGAGGUGGUUCAGGACGUCGACGGCGGCGAGGUUGGCGAGGUGCUGGAGGAGGCGGAAGAGCGCUGCCAUCGUGAAGGCGGCGGCGCUGGAGGCCGACGUGUAUUUCCACGCGCUGGAGUCGGAGGAGAUCGGCGACGGCGUGGGCGACACGAAGGGCGUCGAGGUGCUGGAGUACUCCCUCCGGUGCCGGCCCCAGACGGCCUAAACUAAGCCGCCCCCGACGACCCGUUCGACGAGCGCACAGUCGUCGGCGGGAGGCGGCGCCUCGCGGUGCUGCAGCGGCACACGUGCCAGACCUGGGCCAUCGCAGACCGCGAGCAGUUCGAGGCUCAGGUCGCCUACGUGGCCAGGGGGCUGGAGCAGGCGAAGGCGGCUAAGCGGGCUCGCCUCGCCGCGGAGGCCAGGCUGGCGCCUUCCACGCGGGAUGUGAGCGCUCGGGCGGGCCCUCGCUCGGUUUUCUGGGUCCGUCUCGAAAUUUUGGUAGGCACUCCUCGGCGUGGGUUUGGGGGGCCGUCGCGUUUUCUCGUCGGGGUGUGGGGGCGGCCGCUGACGGCUGCGGGGUGUGCCCGCUUUGUCCCCGCGGGGGUGGCUUCCGCCCCCUGGCUUGCCCUUGGGCAGGCCAGGGUCGGUCGGAUGCCUGUCUGGGCUGCUUCGGGACCCCCCCUCUCGUCGCCACGUCGUCUGCGCGGCGUGCUCGCGGUGGCGCGGGACACUUCUGAAAGACAUCUGGGGCCCUGGCGAUCGUCUGCGCGCAGACGGUCGCCAGGGCCUCUUUUGAUGAUGCUCC